AUAAAAGGAAAUGAAAUUCUUUAAGAAAAAGCAGGCUCCCAAGGAAGAAGAGAAAUUCACUGGCCAUGUUGGAUGCCUGAGCGAAAUCCAAGAAGACACUUUGUCUCUUUUCAAGGAAUAUAUUGAGAAAGAGAAUAUUACUACUUCGGAUCGAUUUACUGACCACUAUCUUCUAAGGUUCUGUAGAGCUAGACAAUUCGUACUUGAAGAUGUCAAGAAAAUGUUUAAAGAGUUUAUCCAGUGGCGAGAACUUAACGAAGUUGAUGAGUGAUUUAUACACUAUGAUGUCUCAAAUAUGCCUGAGGUGAAGAAGUUUUACAAGCAUUGUUUCCACAGCACUGAUAAAGAAGGAAGACCUUUCUAUAUUGACUGCCCUGCAACUGCAGCUCCUAUUGAAGAUCUCUUUAAAGUUGCUGAUGCUAAUGAGAUCAUUAGAAACUAUAUACUUCAGUUUGAAUAUCUUCUCCAUGUCAGAUUCCCAGCUUGAUCGAAGGCAUUUGGCAAAAAGAUAGAUAAAUGAUUCUCAAUAGUUGACUUGAAAGGUCUCUCUAUGGGAAUGUUUAAAGAGAAAUAGCAGGGAGUUUAUCAAGAUUCCUCUGAGUAUUACUCAAAAGAAUUACCCAGAGAUCAUGCAUGCACUUCUUAUUAUCAAUUCACCGAUGGUUUUCAAGGCAAUUUGGCUUGUUUUAAAACCAUUUAUUGCCCAGAGAACAAAAGAUAAGAUUAAGAUUUUAGGGUCUAAAUAUCAUGAUGAUUUAUUUCAGUAUGUCGAUAAAUCAAACGUUCCAACAGAGUUUGGAGGUAACUGCACCUGUGAAAAUAAUGGUGGAGAUUGCUUCAUGUCUGAUAGAGGCCCAUGGCAUGACUUUCCUGGUGAUAAGUAUGGAGAGAUGUAUAAAAGACAAUUACUUGGGGAUAAAUGAACAGUGCCAAUACCAGACCCAAUUCCUGUUGAUCCCCAAACUGCAAUAAUAUCUCCUGCCCCUUCAAUUGCUCCUCAUAUUCAAUCCCCUUCUCCAGCAUCUGCAAUUCCUCCUCCAACUUCAGCAAUGUCAUCCCAACCUCCUUCAUAAAGAUCAAAUUUCUAAUUUCCCAAACCUCCAAUCAUAAAUCCACAUUCCCAACACAAAAACUUCCAAU